CUUCCCCAAAUGUUGAGAGCUCAUUCCUAAAACCUCCAUUGUUGAGUCUCCAAGCUUCGAAUCCGCCCCUUUUCUUCCUUUAAAAACCAAAAUUAACACCAUAAUAUUCUUCCCCACAUCACCCUCUCCAAUUCUACACCAAACACAACCAUCAAAUCCCCCUCAACCCCAAAAUCCGAAAACCCUACCCAAACUCUCCAAGGUCCGAUUUUUGCUCAAAUUAAUCCAAAGAAAACCCAAUUUCAUGUUCUUUCCAUCAUUCUCUAUAUCUCCACACCCUCAAAAACACCCAAAACCGAAAAAUCCGAAAUUUUUUUUAAAACCCUCCAAGCCAAGUCCGAAAUUCCUAAACUAAGUUCAAGCAAAAGGGCAACUAUGGCACCAAAGAGAACUAGAGCAUCUUCCUCCAACUCAAGUGCUCCAAUUCCGCAAGUUCCCGGGUAUGAAGGCAUCGAAUUCACCUCUAGGGCUCAUCACAAGAAAUUUCUCACCCAACUCAUCCGAGAGGUACAUUCAACCCGAUUCCUUUGUCAUGAAACAUUGAGAGCAUUGAUGUUGUAUGAUAUGAUGCUAGAAUUGUGCAACAACAUAGGACUUACUACAUUGUUCAAUUUAUCAUAUAAUAUCCACAAAAGAAUUAUGUAUGAAUUCCUAGCAUCGGUUGAAUUUACUGAAAACAUGGAGGACACCUAUGAGAGCACACUCACGUUUCGGUACAACAACAUACCAAGAACUUUAACAAAACGUGAGUUUGCCGAACUAUUUGGUUUACCGGUUUUAGGUGUGGAGGAAAGAAAGGCAAGAAAUGAUAAAACAAUUGUGCAUGACUUAUGGCGAAGAAUGACAGGGGUUAGGGUCUUUAAAUCCUCACAUAUGCAUAUUACACAUGUUCAGCACCCUGCCCUUCGAAUUGCACUAAAAUGGUUUGGGUAUAAUGUCUUUGGGAAGCCAAAUAAUCAUCAAACAAGGAUUAGUGAAUUGGCCGUUCUUGCUAUGGGUAUCUUCCCAGAAGCGCCUAGAUUGGAUGUUGCUUCAUGUUUAUGGGAACAUCUAAAAAACCAAUGUGAAACUAUGGGGGACGUCUACAUAGGAGGGUACAUGCACCAUAUUUGUACCAAAUUUGGCUAUCAGGCGAAUAGAGAAGUAGGAACAUGGCAUUUCCUUAAUCUUGACUUUCUACUCACUGCACAUGAUUUGAGUCACUCCCACACUAUUGGUACCACAACAUUUUACCAUUGGACCAUAUACCCCUCACCCACACACGUUUUUACAAUCCCCUCCGACGAACUCCCCAACAUUUUUAACCAUCAACUCGGGGAUGGGAGACACCUUUGCUUACCCGGAACCACCCCUGACCACUAUCUUGAUGAAAUCCCUCAACUUGAGCCCCCACCCAUCCCCAACCCACCACAAGACCAACCCCAAGCCGAACCCCAACAUCCUCAAUACAGUCCUUUUGAGCAACAGAUGCUCCAAAGCAUGAAUUCCCUGAAUCUCAACUACACCCAAUUUCGGGAGGAAUUUGGACUGUUUCACACUGAGCACAGACAGAGUAUAGAGCGAUUGGAGGCACAACUACAAAACCAGCGGCAGCAAUACGACGACGACCGCAGGAGGUAUGAAGAGGAUCAAAGGAGAACCUACGGCCCUAUAUACUCCUACAUUGCACAUCAAGGUUCCUUUUCUUCUAUGGCCACUCCUCCCCCACCACCCUCUUGGUAUGACCCCACAGCAUGGGGUACUUUUGGUGGUUCGACCUCAGGCGGUGGAGGCGGUGGAGGCGGUGAAGGCGGUGAUGGCGGCUAUGGAGGCUACUUUGACGGAGGAGAUGCGGGCGGGCACUAGGGACAGUGCCAUGAACUAGCUGGGGGGGAGAACUAUUCCGGUAUGCUCCCAUUUCAUGCUCUUCAUUCUUAUUUUCUUAAAAAAAAACAAAAAAAAAAAUUAUAAGCUUGUUAGGUUGAAAACCCAAAAGGGCAACUUAAGCAAAACAAAAGCAAAAAGAAGAGUGAGUUGGUGAGAAUAAAAAGGAAAAUGUGGGAAGCUGGGAUGAAAACCCGAAAGGGCACCUAGGCAAAAUGAGAGAAUGAGAGAAAGUAUUUUCUUUUAUCUUUGCAGGAUCCUAAGGGCAUAUACAUGAGGAAGCAAAAGAAGGGAAAACCAAUGGUGUUGAAAACCCUUUUAUGUGUUUUGAUCAUUGAAACAUUUUUAUGUUGACUUUCAAAAACACUUGUGAAUGGUUGUGAUUGCUACUAUUGUUGGUUUGUAAACUUCAUGGACAGGAUUUGUUUUACUCGAGACGAGUAAAAGUUCAAAUGCGGGGGUG